GCAUGCGCGGUAGCUCCCCCCUUUCUCCCCUGGAAGGGGGAGGCCGGGCCGCCAUGAGCCGGCAAGCGGGCGCCGAUGUGACGGAGGGUUGGCGGGCCCCGAGCCCGGGCCUCAGCCACCCCGGCCCCGAGGAGCGCAUCGCCGCCCGCCGCCCCGAGGAACGCAUCGCCGCCCGCCUCGAUGCCAAGCGCCGGAAGGCCCUUGGAGAAGAUGCGGCGCCAAAGGUGGCUGAGGAGGAAGAACAGAGAAGGAGCCACAAGCACAUUGAGGAGUGCAGGCAGAGGCUGGCCAAGCUGCUCUUUGAUGGCACGCAGAUGGUGACAAAUAUCCAGGUGGCUGCUGACUUGAGGGAAACACAGAGGAGGGCAAAGGAGGCAGAGCUGAAGCUGCGGAGGGUGGAGAAGCUGGAGGGUGAAGCCAAGUCGAGCACAUACAAGUUUGAGGAGAUCACCUCCAAAUGGGCCUUGGCCAAGGAGAUGACGAUCCCGCAGGAGCUCUGGCAGCUGCUGAACCAACAGCAGCAGAAGUGCGCGUUGCUUCUGGAGAAGAAGAACAAGCUCAUCAAUGAACUGCAACAGGAGCUAAAAAACAAGGAUGAGCAAUACGUGCAGGCCAUUAAGAAACAGUCAGAUGAUAUCCACCUGCUUUUGGAGAGAAUGGAGGAACAGAUCAGGCUUGUGCUGAAAACGUACCGUCGCGAACUCCUGCAGAUUGAGAAAGCUUUUGAGCUCGAACGGCGAGAGCUGCUGGACAACAACAGGAAGAAGUGGGAGGAAGCCAUCCAGGCCCACAACGCGCAGGAGCUGGAUUACCUGUGUGCCCGUAUGAGGAAGGUGGAAGAGUUUGAGAAACAGCUGAAUCAGCUGCGGGUGCAGGAUGAGGAGGAGUAUAACAGCAUGAAGAUCCAGCUGGAGAAUGAUGUGCAGAACCUGGAGAAGCAGCUCCAGCAGAUGAAAGCCGUCUAUCAGCUGACCCAGGAGAAGCUGGAGUACAACCUUCAGGUGCUUAAGAAGCAGGACGAGGAGAACACCAUCAUCAGAUCCCAGCAGAAGAGGAAGCUCAACCGGCUCCACAGUUUGCUCAAUAACCUGCGAACAAAACUGGCCAACCAAGAGAAGCAGUUCAGAGAGGAGAACCAGAGCCUGGCAGACGACUGCAAGCGCAUCAUGGGGCAGUGCAAGGAGGUGAAGAGGAGGAUGAGGCACUUUGCUGUCAGCGACGCUGAGAAGUUCACGGAGGUCUGGCUUAUGAAGGAGGAGGAAGCCAAAGGCCUGAUGCGGAAAGCCCUCGAUGCAGAUCGAAUCAUUCACACCCAGCAACUGGGGCUGCCCUGGGAAGAGCCUCAUUACUGGUUCCUGAACAACGUCGGCCCCCUCGGGCAUUCCAGUGUGAAGAGGAUGGCGACCAAGCUGGCUGCGGAGGUCCUGACAGAGAGCAGCUCUGGAGAACAGGAGGAGGAAGGGAGAGAGAAGGAGGAGAAAGAAGUGGGAAAUGGAGAAGGAGGAAAAGAAAACACAGUGAAGGUUAAGAAUAGAGUCACACCUCUGCGAAAUAUCUCCAAGAAGACUGCCAAGAGGAUCCUGGAGCUCAUGAGCGAUGAGUUGGGUUUCCUCGUUGAGAACAAGCUGCUGAGGCCCUUGGACUCGCUGGGGAGGCACGAGCGCAUCCUCAUGAAGCUCGACUCCAUCUUUGCGGCCUUCGAGAUCGACAGUGAGGAUGACCUGUACCAUCUGAUGGAUUUUUUCCUCAAGUACAAAGCCCAGGAGGUGGCUGUCAGCCAGAUCCAGGGCAUCCCAGGGGGAGAAGACGUCACAGAUCCAGCUGAGGACAGAGAGGACGGUGGAUCUGGUGCCCAGAGGGACAAGCUCAAAUCCCCUUGGAGCUCUCCGGGCUCCCUUCCAGCUGUGUCCAUCCACGCUGAUGAUGUCCUAAAGAUCCUGAAAGCAUUUGUGAGGGACUUUGACAAGCUGAGGGAGAAGGAAGGAUCAACAAAGGAGGUGCUACCGGUACGGGACAGCUCUAAGGACGGGGAAUACUGGGAAGCCCUGGCACGCGUUAUCCCCGAGCCGACGUUGAAGCUGUGGGACGCGUUGGUGGUGGCACUGGAGGAAUAUUACGAUCCCAGACACAGGACCCGCUGCCCCGAGCCCAUCGGUGUCAGGCUCGGGGUGCUUCUCCCCACAGGCGAACAGCAAGCUGCUCUCCCCUCCCACGCAGUGGUUGCCCCUGAAUUUCUCCUGCCCCGGGAAAGCGCAGCUGUGAGCGCCUGUGGCCUGCGAGGAGCACCCCCUCUCACCUCUGAAGAUAUUGGGGAGCCGCAGCCAAGCACCUCCCGAUCCAGGGGACUCACAGCACUGUGGGGAAGCAUUUCCCCACUCACACCACCGAGCCGUGCAGUCUGCGUCCUCCCUUCCUUCCUCAGAACCUCCACCUCCCACAGGCCAGCAUCCCCACCGCCCCUAGGCUUCGGGAGAAACCCCACCUUUCUUUAUACCUUAUUCCUCACUUUUCCUUUUGCUGCCCCACCACCUUUUCUCCCAACUACUUUUCUCUCAGCAGUCCUGGUGUUGCUACCAUCCGUACCUAAAUUCUGCAUUUCCACGGCUCCGUCAGCCCAAGGCGGUGCUGCCAGGCAGUUAUCUCCAGGAGGGCUGCAUCACAUCCACAAUUCCCUUCCUCCCCUCUGGUUCACACCAUUUAUAUCUCAUUCCCAGUCUCCGCUUCCUGGCCAGCUUUAUCUUUAGCCUUGACUCCCCUGCCUAAUGCCCACGAACAGUUUCUGAUACCAGAGGAAAAAAAAAAAAAACAAAGACACAAAAAAAAAAACCCAAAACCAAACAAA